AUGCCCGAACAGAGCCCGUUGCAGCAAGGGCGCGACAUAUCAGAAGCCCACGGAGAUCAGACCAAUAGCUUCCCCCAAACCUGCUGGGCGUUGCGCCGCAAGGUCCUAGCAUUUCUCGAGGCUGAAAAUGUCGAAGACAAGGCAUUAAGGACCCUCCAGGGCCAUAUCCGGGUGGCCAUGGAGGUGAUUGGGGAGGCGUUGCACCGGUACGGCUUGGAGCACCUGUCGCUCUCGUACAACGGAGGCAAAGACUGUCUCGUCCUACUAAUCCUCAUCCUUGCAUGCUUGCCGGAACUGGACGAACAUCGGGCAAACGGUCGGACCAACGGCGACCAUCAGACUGUACCGGACUCACAGACAACGCCGUUGAAGUCCGAAACCCUCGUGAAGCCUCUCCAGGCGAUCUACAUAGUGUCCCGAGAUCCUUUUCCGGAAGUCGAGGAGUUUGUCGCUUCCUCAGCGAAUCAAUACCACCUCAGUCUUGAACGCCAGGAGCUGCCUAUGCGGCAGGCUCUCGAUGCUUACCUGUCUGAGAAGACGGACGUGAAGGCGAUAUUCCUGGGGACCAGACGGUCAGACCCUCAUUGCGAUGCUCUGGGGCAUUUCAGUCCUACAGACGCGGGUUGGCCACAGUUUAUGCGCGUCAACCCGAUCAUCGAUUGGCACUAUGUCGACAUCUGGCUGUCUCUGAUGCCGAAGCUGGAGAAUACCGACCAGCCUAUGAGUUGGUUGACGAAGACGAGGAGCGAUGCGGGCGAGGGCGGUAGAUUCUAUGCGAGGACGCUUGACGGCGGCGGAGAGUACCGUAAGCCUUGGGUCAGGUGUAUAUCAACAGUUGAUGUUGACUUUCGAUAG